UGAGAAUUGAGCGAGCUGAAAGCAGCCAAACCAAUGACCGCGGGGCUGCCUUGUAUAUAAGCCAAGGUGUGAGACCCCCAAAGCGGGCGACCUUCAUUUUGGCUUUGGUGAACAGGAUCUGAUCCCAAGGGCUGUUACCACUAAUCUUGUGCAGACUGCUAGAAACGCAAUCAUGCCUUUCGGAAACACCCACAACAACUUCAAGUUGAACUUCUCCGUCGACGAUGAGUACCCUGACCUUACCAAGCACAACAACCACAUGGCGAAGGCCUUGACGAAAGAAAUCUAUACCAAGCUGCGGGACAAGCAGACUCCCAGCGGUUUCACUCUGGAUGACAUCAUUCAGACCGGAGUGGACAACCCUGGGCACCCCUUCAUCAUGACCGUCGGCUGUGUUGCUGGGGAUGAGGAGUCUUAUGAAGUCUUCAAGGACUUGCUUGAUCCCAUCAUCUCCGACCGUCAUGGUGGCUAUAAGGCCACUGACAAGCACAAGACUGACCUGAACUUUGAGAACCUCAAGGGUGGUGAUGACCUUGACCCCAACUACGUUCUGAGCAGUCGCGUGCGCACUGGACGCAGCAUCAAGGGGUACACGCUCCCCCCCCACAACAGCCGCGGUGAGCGCAGGGCUGUGGAGAAGAUGGCCGUAGAGGCCCUGAACAGCCUGGAUGGUGAGUUCAAGGGCAAAUACUACCCACUGAAAAACAUGACUGAUCAGGAACAGGAACAACUGAUCGCUGACCACUUCCUGUUUGAUAAGCCCGUCUCGCCCCUGCUGCUGGCGUCCGGCAUGGCCCGCGACUGGCCUGACGCACGAGGCAUCUGGCACAAUGAGAACAAGACCUUCCUGGUCUGGGUGAAUGAGGAGGACCAUCUGCGCGUCAUCUCCAUGCAGUUAGGUGGCAACAUGAAGGAGGUCUUCAGGCGAUUCUGCGUUGGUCUGCAGAAGAUUGAGGAUGUCUUCAAGAAGCACAACCACGGCUUCAUGUGGAACGAGCACCUGGGCUUCGUGCUGACCUGCCCCUCUAACCUGGGCACCGGGCUGCGCGGCGGCGUCCACGUCAAGCUGCCCAAGCUGAGCACACAUGCUAAGUUUGAGGAGAUCCUCACCAGGCUGCGCCUGCAGAAGCGUGGCACAGGCGGCGUAGACACUGCCUCCGUGGGCGGCGUCUUCGACAUCUCCAACGCUGACCGUCUGGGCUCCUCUGAAGUCGAGCAGGUCCAGCUGGUGGUUGAUGGUGUGAAGCUGAUGAUUGAGAUGGAAAAGAAGCUGGAGAAGGGAGAGGCCAUCGAUGGCAUGAUUCCUGCACAGAAGUGAAGAGGGAAUUAGACUUUUUAUACUGUCGGAGUGACUAAGCAUGCUGACAAUGUCAUCUUCCGAGGGACUCAGAUCUUCCCUCGUUUCUCCUGCUUUUCUGUUUCUUUUCUUUUUUCUUUCACAGUGUUUUUACACGAUUCCUGUACAGUUGGUAACAUCCUGGGAUCAAGACCAGACACACCUGUUUCAUUUCAAUUGGAAAAUUUCUGAAAUAUAACUUGUAAUUAAAUAAAUGGCCCCAUUAAAAUAUA